AUGGAUAGCGAUGAGUAUAAAAAAGAAGUUGAAGCAAAUGUAAAGGCAGAAAAACUUUUACAGUUGCAAAACCAAACCGUACAGUAUGAAAACUUAGCACAAGAAAGUAAAAAUAACGACGCAGCCAUGCAAAAGGCAAUGAAAAGCGCAGAAUAUAUAAAAGCUAAUAAUGACUGGUUAGAUGCCCAAGCCAACGCUAAAGCAGCCCAACUUAUAGGGUCAAUAAGGACAAAAAUACAAGCGGAUGAAGACAGUUCAAAUGAAGCUUUAAUGAAUGCUGACUUUAAGAACGCCUUCGAAGCUCUUCAUAGUAAGGUGAAACUAGUGAACGACUUCUCAUCUGGAAAGAAACUGAAGUCUGAAGGUUUCGACAACGAGUUAAGAGAAGUAGCACAAAAUAUGACGAAAAUAACAGAUGCAGCAACGAGACAGGCAGUUCAAAGUGCCUAUGACGCCGUUAGAGCGACUGUUGUGGAAAGUCAAGAAAAAGAGUUACAACAGACCAAAACAGACCUAGUAAAUGCUUUCUUAAGAACGAAAAGUCAGGUAGGACAUUAUGCUGCAGAUGGAACAUAUGUGCCAGCUGGUGGAACUUAUAUACCAGCUGGUGGAACUUAUAUACUAGCUAGUGGAACUUAUAUACCACCAAACCCUCCAAGAGAAGCACCUGCACCAGGACUACCUAAAACAUUUACAUCGUCACAUGGACACAGACACAGGCAUGCACCACAACAACAACCAAAACCAACAGUUCAAAACACUGCACCACAACCAACAGUUCAAAACACUGCACCACAACCAACAGUUCAAAACACUGCACCACAACCACCUCCACAACCAGCACAGCAACAACCACAAACAGAGCAAGGACAUAAAAGAAGUAGAGAACAAGGAAACCAAGAAUUCUUAAAAAUGCUUAAGGAAAAUUAUGGUUACCCAGAUACUCUUGACUUUAGUGACAGAUAUAAAGAAGCUAUUAGAAAGUUCAAGGAAGGAAAUACUGACCCGAACCUAUUUAGCUUUAUGGUUCAGCACCAAAUGGGAUAUAAUUUCAAACCUGGAAAAUACAAGCUCGCUAAGGGAUAUGAUUUAAUAGCAUAUCAUCCAAAUGACAUGACUGAAUUUACUCCGAGAUAUUUGGUGUCAGAGAUAAAUGAUAAUUCAACUAUCUUCAUGAAACGCGUAAAAAAUAGAGACGGAACGAAAGAAGAAAGGGUUAUGAAUGCGGAUGGCUUAAAUAGGAACUUGUUAAAAACGGUCUCGGAAUAUAUGAAAUGCCAGCAGAUGAGGUACAAGAAACUCCACAGGAAGAAGUUCAGAUACAACCAGACAUGGAAGAAAUAG